AUGACAACGGCCCAUCAUGAUUACGACCUGGAGGAGCCAUUGACCUCAACUGCCAGACCGCUAAAGAAUUCUGUGAUUACGGUCAGAAUAAUAAAGUCUUUCCCGUACAGAAACGUCAAGAAUAUAGUGUUGCAUGAUUAUGAUCUUGCGGACAAGACGGCAAAGGACUUGUUCAAUGACGCUUUGAACAAAAUCCAGAAUGACGGCUCAUUGAGACCGUUCCGUAACGUUAAGUACGAUACUCUAAAGGUAUAUACACACGCACACGGUUCCAAGACGGUCAAUCUUGUGAUCAAUUUCGAUCACGAUGAAGACUGGAUUUUGGACUUGCAGAACGAUAAAAAGAAGCUGUUUGAAUACGGUAUUGAAAAUGAAACCGAGAUUUCUCUCUUCAACAAGGAUGACUACUUGAGGUUCAAAGAAAACCCUGAAGAAAAAUGGUAA